GUGGAGGGGGAGGCGCCCGACCGAGGCGAGAGGCAUGACUUUGCUGCCCGAAUUCAACAAUUAACCUUGAUGAACACAGAUUGGUUUCACCUAAUAGGCUUGGAGCGUGCGACCCGGUUCAGCUGAACGAUUCCGCGUUUACGACUCGUAAACUGACGCAUUUUAUGCCUCAUACAAAAACUAGAAUAUAGGAGGCGUGCUGCAUGUAGGCUUUUUUUUUUUUUCCUCGGGACAAACCUGGAUUCAUUUCCCCCGCAUGUUGCCAUGGGAGCCCGUCAGUUGACAUUCAGCCGGAAGAAUCCGAGAUUGGGCAAAUUGCUGAAUUGAUUUGGGGAACAUAUAUCGGAAUUUGACCGCCUUGUCAUUGCCUGGUCCAUCAGUCCCAGCAGCUGAGCGGCAUCGUCUCGGCGGCGGAGACAAAUAAAAAAAAAACUGUCCGCUUCACUACUCUCCAUCUGCGCCCUGGACGGCUUGAAAUGAGGACCGCGUCCCGGCUCUGUUUCGUUUGAAGAGGCGGCGGCAGGGCAGUUUCUCCGGUCUCAAGGACGCCAAAAAGUGUCCGCCGGGCCAAGCUGCGAAGCAUGGAACGGGACGGCAACAUGAGCUCGUCCAAAAAGACAAUCAUCGCGAAGAUCUUUAAAGUUCGGAAGAGGAGGGAGAUGCUUUUUGUACAAGUGUGCUUUAUCUGCAGUAUCCUCUCCGUGGCAUGGGGCAUGUCGGCGCUGCUGACCAAGACAGGUCAUGGGAUGGUAGUGGAGGGCCAGCCGGACCAUGAAUUCUGGGGAAGGAAGCUCAUGGCCACAACGCCAGACAACGAAACUGAGGGGAAGAACUGCACAGAGCCAGCAAUACACGAGUUCCCCGAUGACCUUUUCUCCAACCAUGAGAGAAAGAGUGGGGCCAUUCUGCUGCACAUCAUGGCGGCACUCUACAUGUUUCUGGCCCUUGCCAUAAUAUGCGAUGACUACUUUGUGACAUCGCUGGAGAAGAUCUGUGAGAAACUAGACCUGAGCGAAGAUGUUGCUGGAGCCACCUUCAUGGCAGCUGGCAGUUCCGCACCAGAGCUUUUUGCUUCCGUCAUUGGUGUCUUCAUCACCCACGGUGAUGUGGGGGUGGGGACCAUCGUCGGCUCAGCGGUCUUCAACAUCCUCUGCAUCAUUGGCGUCUGUGGAAUCUUUGCUGGACAGGUGGUGGUGCUGACCUGGUGGUCUGUUUUCAGGGACUCAUUCUACUACAUCAUGUCUGUGGUGGCUCUGAUUGCAUUCAUCUAUGAUGAGAAGAUAGUGUGGUGGGAGAGUUUGGUGCUGGUGGUCAUGUAUGCGGGAUACAUCAUCAUCAUGAAAUUCAACUCCAGCAUGCAAAAUUUCUUCACUGGGAAGGAGAAGAAGAAUGUGGCCAAUGGUAAUGCGGCAGCCAGCAGUGAGAUGGAGGAUGUCAAGCCUAGCAAGGCUUACAGCCGAGGUUCAGUGGUGAUGGUCGAUGAGAUCAUGAACGCCAGCCCUCCCAAGUUCCGGUUUCCAGAGGCCGGCCUCCGCGUCAUGGUCACCAGCCAUUUUGGACCCAAGACUCGUCUCCGCAUGGCUAGUCGCCUUAUAAUCACAGAGAAGUUGGUCCAAGCUGCCAACGGUGUGGAGACACAAGUGAUUGACGGGAAGGUCGACAUCGAGAAUGGAAAUGUGCCAGAGGAUAAACCCAGCGAACAGGAGGAAAACAUCACCAUCUCACCCUUUCAUAUUCCAACGGGCAUCGGCAACAAGUUUAAGUGGCUGAUCUCCUGGCCUCUGCUCCUGAUACUGUACUUCACCAUCCCCAACUGCGGCAAGCCUCGCUGGGAGAAAUACUUCAUGCUCUCGUUCAUCCUGUCCACCGUCUGGAUCGCUGUCUUCUCUUACCUGAUGGUCUGGAUGGUGACUAUAAUCGGCUAUACUCUUGGCAUCCCUGAUGUCAUCAUGGGCAUCACUUUCUUGGCAGCCGGCACCAGCGUUCCAGACUGCAUUGCCAGUCUCAUCGUCGCUCGACAAGGGCUGGGUGACAUGGCAGUGUCCAACACUAUUGGCAGUAAUGUGUUUGAUAUUCUCGUGGGACUGGGGGUUCCCUGGGCUCUACAGACCAUGUGUGUCAGCUAUGGAUCAGAGGUAAUGAUUAACAGUCGGGGGCUGGUGUACUCAGUUGUGCUGCUGCUGGGCUCUGUGGCUCUCACGGUGUUGGGGAUCCACCUGAACAAGUGGAAGCUCGAUGUGAAGCUGGGCGUGUACGUCCUGGUCCUGUACGCCGUCUUCCUCUGCUUCUCCAUCAUGAUCGAGUACAACGUCUUCACUUUCGUCAAUCUGCCCAUGUGCAUGGAGGAUUAGAGCACAGCAGCAUGCCUCGGAAACCAAAACGUCAACUUUCCACUAAAGCAACCCCACCCACCCUCUGCCCAACCCUUUUUCAGUGAUACUGGACCUCACUCUGUCUGCAUACUUGUCUCCCUUAACUGAGUUUCCUAAUUGAAACUCUUUUCACCUCCCUUAGUCUUUCUCCCUUAUGCCCCUUUUUGUCCCUAAUGUUAAAGCAUUUUCCUAAGAGGCAUUGUGCUCUAAGAGUGGACUCCACUCCAUGUCUCUUGUCACACAGCAGCGGACCUUAGUGUCCAUAUUUGGGCUUGACCCAUUCCCACAGUCCAGUCUUUACUCCCUCUGUGAUCCUGCUACCUUUCCCCACCUAGCAUGGCUUUAGAUGUAGGGCACCUCUGGAAACAUCAGGGCCCCUGUUGACUGUUAGUGUCUGUUUUCUCUAUUUGCCAUUGUAGAUUUCCACACACCAUCCCAGAGCCUCUUCCACAAACUAAACGGAAAUCUGUGUAGAAAAAAAUUAAAACUGGACUUGAAGUAUUUCAUACCACAAGUCCUGAUCUGAACCAGAGAAGUCUCCAUGAAGUCAUUCCUAAAAGAUUACUGACUUAACCCUGCACCCAAAGAGAAAAGUACACCCCCACUUCCCUUUCUCCUGUCCUUCCGUCCCCUGGAGGAGGACCUUGUCCUUGGCAGCUUCCCCCCUCCACCUUGGACCUGACCCCCACCUCCACCCUGGCAUGGCCUUUGGCAUCAGGGACCAGGUACUGUUAGUGCACCGCUACAAUCACUCUCUGCAACUCGUUUCCACCCUCAUCUGCUCGGUCAUAUCUGCUCUUUGUUUUCUUCUCUUCUCACUUAAAGAAUGACAUUUUUGUCAGGAAGCUUUGUGUCAAAAUGUGUCACAGUCCAAAUCGAAGCCGACUGUGAGGGUGUUAUGUAUAUGCAGCACUGCACAAUGUAAACUUGUAAACACAUUUUUUUGGGUUGUUUUUUGUAUUUAUUUAUUUUUUCAGAACCAAGUUUGGACUAGUACAAAAUAACGGACGAGAGCUUGUUGCAAUCAUAGGACAUUGCCUGUUUUUCACUGAAACAAAAAUUGCACAUGGAAAUGCUUUUUUUUUUUUUUUUUUUGCUUUGUGCUGUAAGGAGAUUUGGCCCCUCACAGGGGUAACUGGCUGUGGGUGGCAACUCCAUAACCUGUUGUGCUCAAGCUCAGAAUUCUUUUCAUUCAGAGACUGAUUGUUUCACUUUUACCCCUCCAAAUGCACAAUGCAAGAGAAGACCUGCUCGCUCCAGGUCUUGGGGACGCAUCUGAUUUUUGUCAUCAUCAUCGAGGUGACGUAUGUUCACAACUUGAGACAGCAGCACGGAGGCAGUUGUAAGAAAAAAAAAUGCAAAGGAGCAGGACAAUUCCCAACAUUGACCAUCUGCUGUAACGUCCUCUGACCAGUAGGGGGCAGCAUACCCCACCCUCCUCCCAUCCCCCACCCUACACCUGAUGUGUGCAUGGCAGGGGUGUCAACCACAGCCGUCGGUUAUCAGGGAAACUCAGAGCUCGACAACUCCAGGAGGUGGCGAUGGCGACAUUCUCUUGAUUUGAAUUACAUGUAGAUAUUGCACUUUAACAGCCGUCCUCUCAUUCUGAAUCAACUAGUGCUUCCUUCUGUGAGUGUGUAUUUUCAGUAUAUACAUGUCUGAAUGACUGACAGUGUGUGUGUGCGUGAUAGAACUGUGAGUGUGUGUGUGUGUGUGUGUGUGUGUGUAUGUGUGCUCAGUGCAGGCCCAUGCUAGGUUUGUCACAUUUGGGCCCUCAACUCUUUUGAAAAGACCGGAACUUCCCAAUGACACCAUGAGCACACCCGCCUCUAUCUGCAGUGCAUGCUGGGACUUUAAACGCAGCUCCUCCACGGCACAGCAAAGGCUGAGGGCUUUGGGCAUCUCUGUGGAGAAGAAAAAAACAAAACAAAACAAAACAAACAAACAAAAAAAAAAAGCCCAAACCCACUUUUACAAAGUCGGCAGCUACAAGCUACACUGCAACCCAGACGUUUUGACAUCAUGCAAAAAUGCCUGUGAGGAGUCCAAAAACUGAGGUGCAGAGACUAAAACCUUAACCGAGGGGGAGGGGAGGGCGGGGGUGAGGGAUGUUAAAUGUUGGAAAUAUGUCUAUUCCUCUGCCACUGCUGGCAGCAGGUUCUUGUAUAUGCAAUCUCAAUGUAAAGAAUUCUAUAUGACAAGAGGAGCCCCCUGCAAGGUUGCCAUAACAUUCGGGGAUCCCGUGGAAAUGUGAUGUCGGUUCGUCUAGUAUUUGUUGAUGUGCGAGCUCACAGGUGUGUGUGCGCGUGUGUGUGCAUGCGACAGCCAAGGAACUGAGCCAGAGGGCGGAGGUUUCUGGAACAGGGACUGCAGCUGUGCAGGAAGUCUGACCCUCCUCACCCGAAACAGUUUUACCCCACCCAUCCCUUCUCUCUCUCCCCUCUUGCACAAGGGCAUUAACUCUCCACCAACUCAAGCUUAAGGAGCAGAGGGGCAGAAGUCAAGCAGGGGCCGCACAGAUUUUUUUGUUUCUUCCUCUGCUGUCCUCUGGAUUUUUGUCACUAAAGGAGCCCGAGUCAGUUCCUCCAGGGGAAACAGCUUGUGGACAUCUCUCUACUUGAGGGACUUGCAUGAGAGCAGACUUCAAAAAACCCCAAAAAGCGGGGCCCUUCGGCUCCGACUCCUGUCAUGGUUUGAGAUGCUGCGUUUCCUGGAAGGAGGUGACCACACAGAACCCACCACACACACCUGCUGACCCCAUGCCAGCGCUCAUGCUAGCGCUUGUUGCACCACGGCCCCUCCCACGCCUCCCUAUAGAUGUGUCCUUUAUUGGACCCUUUUUUUCCUUCUUAGAACUGUGAAAGUAUAUUCUCUACUAGUGCCAUUCUCAGCAUUGGUUGUUUGCAUAUCUGCUGUGGUUUCAACCUUGUCAGCAGGUCGUCUGUACAUACUUAAUUUUUAUUUAUGUAUUUAUUUUGAGCUAUAAUUAUACAUAAUGUUUUUUUUUGUUUGUUUUGUUUUUGGUCGGGAGUGGAUGUAAGCCUGUAAGGUACCUAAGUUGAUUCAGAAUGUGCAGUGUUCAAGGUUUUUUUUUUUGUUUUUUUUUGUGCAGUUAUUUGUGAAUGCAGGUGAGGGGGAGGGAGGGAGGUGGGGCUUGGCUUGGGACCAGUGUUUGCCUGUGUGGUCAUGUCCCGGUUGCCAGAUUUGAGUGGUAACAGCACAGCAGGGUAACACUGCUCCCUGUAAUUUGUCCUCCAACUCAUUUAACACACAGUGUGCGACCUCACUGGUUCUCUUACGUCUUUAUUGUCAAAUCAUAUUUUUUUUUUAGGUGGGUGGGGGGUGGCGAAUUCAGAUGCCAUAAAUGUGGUAGUUUUGCAUAAAUCCAGAUUGUAUGGAAGUCCUGUGUACAAAACGAGCGCACACUAGAACACACACGUUAGAUGGCAACUGAACAUGGAGAGGAACGGUAUAUAUUUUCUCUUGAAUGAAUGCGACCUGAUGCACUGUGAGCUCAAUGUGAUGUGGGAGUUGUUUGUCAAGAAUAAUAAAUGAUAAAAAAUAUAAUUAUAAUUAAUGUAAAGUUAGUUACUAUGAAACAUUACUGAGGACAUCUGUAUAACUUAUAUGAAUGUAUUGUCUUGCUAUACUGGACAUAUCCAACCGAUGCAUUUUACUGUAAAGCAAUAAUGUGGAAAAAAAAAAAAUAAAAUGGCAAAAUAAUUCCUGUACAUUUGUCUCAGAAGUUCUUG